UUUCUUUCAUUUCUAUGGCAAAAUGUGGGGCUUAAGUUUAGAGAACGUAAAGAAGAAAGUUGGGUUUUGUAAUUGAAUUAGUUUCUAUGCAUUUUUGUUACUCCUGAGGUAAAACUGAUUGCAUAAACCAGUGAUUUUCAAUACUGUUUUAACUUGGAAGGAGGCAGUAAUAAGCCUAUCACUUAUUUACAAGAACCCAAUAUUGUUUCAAGUUAGGGAGAAUUUAUAAUUCCUGUAAAUUGAUGGAAAUAGAUUAGUGGAAAGGACAGUUAUUUUAGAUAGAAAACAGCAUUGUCAGUCAUUUUCAGGAAAACUUUUUAUAAAUAUGGGAACAUUAUUUAUAAACAGUAAGUUGUGAUCCCAUAAAUCACUUCACAAAAAGGUUAAAGUCUUUUUACCAUGAACAAGUUCAAGAAAGUGGUCACUUUUUUGUUACCAAAUUACAAAGUACCCAGUUGGUUCUGAACUUCUCGCGAUCAGAAGUACCCUAGAUGCAUGCUUGCUUUUCCAUUGUCAGGUAAAGGGAAUGAGUGAAAGGCAUGCUUUUGGCGUUCAGAGCUCAUGAAGCUGAUGCCAGUGGGUACAAAAAAUUCCAUGUUUUAAGGAUGCUUUUACAGGUGGGGUUUGAGAAAUAAGCCAUGAGAGAGAAAUAGUGCUAAUGGAUUUUGGAAAAGAAGCCAUGUGAGAGAAACACUCUCAGGGGGUUUUGAUAAAGGAGGGAUAAGAGAGAAAGAUUCUGGCUGCACUGUACCUAAGAAGUUAUGAAAGAAAAAAAGCAACAAACAAAAUUAUUGUUGAGUGAGGUUUAAUGGGCCAAAGUUUAUUGGCCUGAUUGAAGAGGUAAUAGCUUCAUAUCCCAAUUUCUCUGUAACUCCUGGGUUCUAAAAUAUGGCAAUGGAAGAAAAGGAAGCCAGAUAUUUGUCCCUCAUACCUGAUAAAGUCGAUUGUGUUUACCCCAUGUAUUUUGGUGUUUCAUGUGCCUUUGUUGGUCUCCAUCUCCUCACAACAGAGAAGAAAAGGGAGUUGAGAGGCAAAAUGUUUAAUGAUUGGUCGAAAAUAAUGGAAGGAAUGCUUCGAGGAAGUACCCAACUGCUUGGUUUGCUUGUGUGGAAAAUCCAAAGGGAAGGAAAAUUUUCAGACAUCUCAGAGCUCCAAAUUGAGAUUAAGAAAGCAAAGGCAGAGGUUGCAGAGAUGAAGAGGAGGAGGGCUGAGGAUGCAAAGGCCAACGAAAAAGUUGCAGCCAUAUUUGCUACCCAGGAGCAAAGCUGGUUUAGUGAAAGAAAGAUUCUUCGACAACAUCUCCAAGCCUCUUUGAAGGCCUUGCAUGCUCUCAGAACCAAAGUGUGCACAGAUUGCCAAAAGAAAGAAGUGACUAUAUCUAAUUUGAAUCAGGUAGUGAGAGAAAAGGAUCAUCUUAUUGAGUCUAAACUCAAGGCGUUGGAAGAGGAAGAGAAUAAGACGGAAAACUUAGAAGAGAGGCUGCAGAAGGCAGAGAGAGAAACAGAGGAGUUGAGAGAGAAACUAAGCAGAGAAGCGCAAGAUCACUCCUCAGAGCUUUGGGAGCAUAAGACUGCCUUUGCUGAGCUUGUUUCCAACCAACGCCAGCUUGAAGCUGAGAUGGUUUGUGCUCUAAGGCAGGUUGAGUCUACAAAAGAAGAGUUUGAUGCCAUUUUUGAGCAAAAAGAAGAAUCUAUAGCCAUGGUGCAAAAGCUCUCAGAGGAGAUUCUUAGAAUGCAGAAGGAAGCAGAUCAGAAAGACAAAGUUGUUUCUGCCAUGUUAAGGAAAUCCAAGUUAGACACAGGGGAGAAGCAAAAGUUGUUAAAAGACUUGAAGAUUUUGAAGGCCAAGAGGAAGCAAGCAGAGCUUGAGACAGAGAGAUGGAGGGAUUUAUACGAAUCAAAGGUUCGACCCAUUCCUAAAAGUGGCAAGAAUUUGAGAAGCGAUUCAGUCAACAGAGCUGAUUUGAGAUUGGAGUUGCCGUUGGAAAAGAAAACACCCCAAAAAUGGAGAAAUAGAACAGAAUUGGAGAUGGCUGAUGAGAGGAUAGAAACUCGUCCCCAUACUCUUCUUCUUGAGUAUUUAGAGAUGGAGCAUGGAGGGGAGAAUGACUGCCUUCUACCAAAGAAGAUGGACAUAGCAGCCUCUGGGAGUUUUAUCGAGAAUUCAGCAGGAGACAAUGAAAUUCUGAUCACAACUAGUGUGAGACAGUUGGAAGAUUGGAUUCAGUCAGAAACUGAGAAGUUCACGGCUUUGCUAGAGCAGAGGCACUCAACAGAGCUUGAUGCAUUUGUUGAACAGAUGAGAUUCAAGGAUGAAAAGCUGGAAACAUUUCGGUGGCAGAUGCUGAGCAUGGAACUUGAAUCGAAAAGAUUUCAAUCCCGCAUUGAAGAGCUUGAGGAGAACUUAUCACAAUUUAGAGAAGAGGAUCUAAGGCUUCGGUCCUUGCUAGUUGAGAAGGAAAAAGGCAUAGAUACACUCAAAGAGCGGUUCGGCUUGCAUGUAAGGCAUUGUCGGAACAACUGUACCCCUGAUGAGGUGAAUUCUCCUCUAUUACCCAUGGCCAUGUUGUCAGAAGUGAAGGCCAUGAAGAGGAAACUGAGAGAGAAGGAACAAGAGCAUAAAACCACAUUGGUCAAUGUUUCUCAUGAGGUGGGAUCUGAAGUCCCAGAGCGAGAAAGUAGAUUCACAGUCAUGGGAAAAAUGAUGGUGCGGAAGAACUUAAAUGAGAGAGAAUGCAGUGAGCCUGAACUCCAAAAAAGGGAAAGCAGACUGGCCAUCUUGGGAGCAAGGUUGAUUCAAAAGAAUUCAAAUGAGAAAGAGUGCAAGGACAGAGGCGUUGUGGUCGCAGUUGUUGAGGAUGCUUCUAAAGCCAAAUUGGCAACAUGGUCAAGAGCUAUGAUGGAAAUAAGGGGAGAAUCACCCAAAGAAGAAGACAAUAUCGAGGACCAAUUUCAAGGCAUGGGCAUGACUACCAAAGAGACUGAAUGGAAGAAAGAGGCUGACAUAGAUGAAAAUGAGAAAAAAGUUUGUCAAGAUAAGGCUGAUGUUUCAAGUAAAUAUGAUCCACUUGAGAACUGGUUGCUCAGGAAAGAUGCAGCUAGAAAGGUAGAUGUCCAUGCUUUAGGAGUUUCUUAUAAAAUCAAAAGACUGAAACAACAUCUUCUUAUGCUCGAGAAGCUGAUGGAAACAGAUGCCUCAAAGAAGCCAGGUGGUAGAGAUGAGGUGAUUUAUGUUCUCGAAAACUGCGAAAAAAGGAAAAUUGAUCAACAAGGAGAUAUUAAGGGCCUGAUAAGUAUAAUAUCUUUACUCAACAAACAAGUUAGAAGAUACCAAACACUUGAAGAAAAAACUGAAGACUUGUGCAAGCGAAUGAGUAUGAAUGAUAAGGAGGAAAGUGCUAGUGACUCUAGUUAUGGAAGGACAAGGGAGCAAACUGAAGCAUUGGAACAGUUCCUUGAAGAGAUAUUCCAAUUGCAAAGAUACAUGGUAGCAACAGGGCAGAAACUAGUCCAAAUACAAUCUGAAAUUACAUUCAAUCUUGUUGGAAGUGCUGAUAAAGUUGAAGAACCAAUUGGGAUUGACAUGAGGCAGUUUGCUGACAAUGUGAGAAGCCUCUUUAGAGAUGUACAGAGGGGUUUGGAGGUCAGAAUAGCUCGGAUUAUCGGAGACCUUGAGGGCACAUUGGCUCGCGAAGGGAUACUUCAUUUGAGAAACUAAUAGAGUCCUUGACGGAAAAAUGGCAGUAACAUUGGUCUCUGAUUGAGCAAGCAAGUCAAAGGAAGACAUUGAUUUUCAUAUUGGAAGCCAAAUGAUGAAAAAGGCAUCAGAUAGAGUGGAACGUUUGUUUCAAGAAAUGAAUAUAAAGAAAAAUAUGGACUCUAGUGGUAUGUAACGAGCAACACCCUAUGUGAAAUUGAAUGUCCAAAAUGCAUGAGUAUAUAUAGCUCUCCAUACACAUACAAGAAGGGCCAGUCCCCCUUCGUUCAAUGAAGGGUUUCUUGUAAAGAAAUAUCAAGUUCAAACACCUUGUAUUUAUGGAAAUCGGUUGUUUUU